AUGGCUCUCCCCGAGGACGUUAGUGCGCUAACGGAUGAGCUAAUCGUGGCUAUCACAAAGAUUGAUCUGAAUAAUACGUCGCGAUUCAAGCAUAUAAAGCAUCGUGUCGAAGACAAGUUCAAAUCGGCCUCUUAUGGCCGGACUGACCAGUUUGCGGUUUCAAGACAGCUAGAGGGCCUGCAGGAGAAAUUCCAGGUUCUAAAUCAAGAUGAUCUGGCGCACGCACUCCGGAGUCGCUUGACUGAAUUAGAUGAACACCAUAGCUCAUGGUUUCCCGAAAUACUAUCUUUCCUCUUACAGCUCUCUGAUCGCCCUGCUCUGUUCUCGCGGGUAGACCAACUCCCAAAGCCCAAGAUUGAUGAGGGCGCGAAGCAACUCUCCUGGACGGAGUUGGAUGCUUCGGGAUCCGCGUAUUGUGAUGAAGAUAUUUGGGAAUGUGUAGAUUUCGGCGCAAAUUCCUCAUCCGAAGAAGAUGAUGAUCUUGUUUCAUCGGUGCGCAGUGACGCCUCAAUCCCACAGACUCUACCUUCCAGUCCCAUAGUUUCAGAAGAAGACUAUGAAAUCCCCGAUGAAGUCUUCUCUCCUGGAAUGGAUGUGGUUCUUGUGGACUCCGUUAAGAAAGCUCAAUUCUGGAGGCCUGACAACCACGCAAACUCCAAACAAGUCGAAAAUGUUUCCUGCCUUGUGGUCACGGAGCUUCAAAUUGUAAGAGAGACAUUGUUCAUGUUGCAGGGUUUGCCCACGUCCUUAUUUUGGCGACUCGAUGACAGCAUCGAGGUCGAUCGACGGUAUACUCUUACAGAUGCCUCGACCGAGGCCCUGUCCUCGCUUUUGCGGUCAUUCAGCAUGAUUGGUGCCAAGGUAGAUGUUCUGAGACACUUCACCAAGAUCACCCAGGUUGUUCCCUAUAUGCAAACCUUUCACCGAUGUGUUGAGGACUGCCUAAACCAGUUUGACGCGUUCCUGUCGGAGGUGCAAGCUCAGUAUAUUUCGCAAGGAGCGACUUUAUUCGUCAGCCUACUACAACUGGCCGAAGAUGUCCGCAGCGCAUCAGUGAUGCUCGUGCUUCUGGCCGAUUUAAUCUCCAGUCUCAAGUAUAACACUCCAGACGACGGUGUACGGUGUCUUGACCUAUUGUACGAUGUGGUCUGCAUGAAGCAAGCUACAGGGGAUGAUGGCGAGUUCAGAUUCCUGGCAGGCUUGUUCUUUUCAUGUCUCGAUACGUACAUUCGUCCGAUCCGUCGUUGGAUGGAGGAGGGACGACUGGACUCAAGAGAAGGGAUAUCUUUCAUUAUAGACCAACGUGGCGAUAAAGAUCUGCGGACCCUUUGGCGCGAAUGGUAUACUGUGGACGACGCGUUUGGGCUUCCACGAUUUAUGAAGCCCGUUGCCCAAAAGAUUUUCACCGCGGGUAAAAGCAUGGUUUUUCUGCAACACUUGAAUGCUCUGGAGAAACUCGAAGGCUCGCAGACGACUACCAUUACCUUGGAAAAAAUCUACGGUGGUGGCUCAAGCUCCUUACUGUGUCUUCCCUUUGCCGCCAUAAGCGAGUCCGCUAUAGACAAGCUCGUCGAGGCUAACCACUCCUUUGCGUCCGAUCUGCUGCGAAAAGAGCUUGACCAGCAAUGCGGGCUUUGGAACUCACUUCAAGCUUUGGAACACAUCUACCUCUGCAAGGACCUCGGCGUGUCAGCUAUUAUCGACAACAAGGUCUUUGACCUCAUGGAUCGCGGCAGAGGCGCCUGGAGCGACAGGUAUCUCCUUACCGAACUCGCACAGAGCGCGUUCAGCAGCAUGUCUUUCAUCGACCACUCAAGAAUAAUAGUCCGCUCACACCAGAAUCCACAAGGGCGCAGCCGCUCGGUCAAGGCCCUCAGAACCAUCUCGUUCGACUACAUCCUAUCCUGGCCCAUUGCGAACAUCAUCACCAAAGACGCCAUCCAAAGCUACCAGCGCAUCUCGACAUUCCUGAUGCAGAUCCGCCGAGCAAAGCACUUGAUCGUAAAACAACGUCUGAAGUACACCAAUGACACAGACGAAUUCUCGCACGACAGGAGCAGCAACGCAUUGAGCUACGCUCUUCGGCACAACAUGCUGUGGUUCCUGAACACCCUCUACAGCCACAUUACGGACUUUGUCAUCUCCACAACGACAGAGUCAUUGCGCAAGUCCCUCUCUGCCACAAAGGACGUCGAUGCGAUGAUCGCAACGCAUCGCGCGUACAUGUCCUCCCUGGAAGACCAGUGCCUCCUCUCCAGCAAUCUAUCACCUCUCCACCAAGCGACAAUCAAUCUCUUAGAUCUCUGCGUGUACUUUGCAGACAUCCAAGCGACACGCUUCGGGAACAAGCAGUUCGAUCAGACAAAGACGCCGACCACGUAUGCCAAGUCUUCGCAAAGCAGAAACGGUCUCAGCAGAAGGAAGCAGCAGGAUACAUACAACGACGCGGUCCAAAGUGAUGAUGACGAUGACGACGACGAUACACAGGAUGAGUCAGACGAGGAUGCCGGCAAUACCACCGGUAUUUCCUUUAACGAGGCACCGUACGCGCACCGACUGAGGGAUAUCAAAGAUCACUUUGACCGAUCGAUUGCGUUUCUGACAGCUGGUUUGAAGGGCGUGGGACGAGUGGAUGGUCGGAUCAGUUGGGAGAUUUUGGCUGAGAAGCUGGAGUGGCGUAAGAGGCGUUUGGCUGUUUAG